UGAUUCGUUGAACGCGGCACGUGUAUACUUACAACCAGUUUGCAAGCCCGAAUCUUCUGAGUUUCUUAGUUCAAUCUAGUAGUUGAAUGCGGCAGAAGAGGCAGUCAGUCAACGAUAGUCAAACAGCCAUCGAUCCAGUAGCCAGGCACUGUGCCUGUUAGUGGAAAAACAGUUGGUCACAAGACCUUGCUGUAGCAUUCAUUAGCACUUCUCCACUGUAUCUGCUACCCAGAAACACAUCCUGCAUCAACUCCUCCUCCACUACGGCUUGUGGCUCAGAGACGCUGUAGAGAAACUCUAGACUUGCUACUACAUUGUACCUCCUUCUUAUCGAGAGAGUACAGCUGAUAAAGAACAUUGAUGACCAUCAGCUGAGAGCCUUUGACAGUGGCCUUGUUUACUGACGUGCUGCUCCCACCCGUCUCCAUCCUUCUACCCCGGUCUCCAGUCCUGCACCUUCUACUUUGUUCUUGUCUCCMCUCCUUCAUCUUUCUGUCCUCAAUCCCUCCACCCCGGUCUCUGCCUCAACCCUCCACCUUAUUCCUCCCCGAACCAUCAUCAUGGGGGUUGAGAAAGACACCGACACCAUUUUGACUGGCUCCAUGCGUCUGAAGCAGGAAAUCUCCCUGCUCCAAGGGGUCUGCCUCAUUGUGGGAAGCAUGAUCGGCUCGGGCAUCUUCAUCUCCCCCAAAGGGGUUCUCCUCUACACAGGCUCCUUCGGCCUGUCUCUGGUGGUGUGGGCCAUCGGCGGGGUCUUCUCCGUGUUCGGGGCCCUGUGCUACGCCGAGCUAGGAACCACCAUCCGCAAGUCUGGGGCCAGCUAUGCCUACAUCCUGGAGUCCUUUGGUGGCUUCCUGGCUUUCAUUAGGCUGUGGUCGUCCAUGAUGAUCGUGGAGCCAGCAGGCCAGGCUGUCAUAGCCCUCACCUUCUCCAACUACCUGGUGCAGCCCUUCUACCCCACGUGCUCAGCCUCCUACGAUGCUGUGAAACUCAUAGCAGCAGCCAUCAUCAGUCUCCUGACGUGUGUGAACUGUAUGAAGGUGAAGUGGGGGGCCAUUCUCCAGGUGGUCUCUACAGUAGCCAAGGUCCUGGCCCUCAUUGUCAUCAUCAUUACUGGGAUGAUCAAGCUGGGACAAGGCCAGACGCAGAACUUUGAGAAUUUGUUUAAGGGUUCUAAAGUGAACCCUGGGGACAUGGCCCUGGCUCUGUACGCUGCGCUCUACUCCUACUCGGGCUGGGACGCACUCAACUUCAUCACCGAGGAGAUCAAGAACCCGAAGAGGAACCUCCCGUUGGCCAUAGGGAUCUCCAUGCCCAUCGUCACAGUGAUCUACAUUCUGACUAAUAUAGCUUACUACACCGUUAUGGAUGCUGGCACCGUGCUGGCCAGUGAGGCUGUGGCUAUGACUUUUUCGGAUUUGGUCCUGGGCUGGGCUCGGUGGCUGAUCCCCUUGUCAGUGGCCAUCUCUUGUUACGGAGGACUCAACUCCUCCAUCAUUGCUAUCUCCAGACUGUUCUUUGUGGGCUCCAGGGAGGGCCAUUUACCCAACGUCCUCUGCAUGAUCCACGUCGAGCGCUACACCCCCAUCCCAGCACUGCUCUUCAACGGUGGCAUGUCUCUGAUCUACCUGUGUGUGAAGGACGUGUUCCAGCUCAUCAACUACUUCAGCUUCAACUACUGGCUGUUCAUCGGCCUCUCCAUCGCCAGCCAGAUAUACCUCCGGUUCAAGGCUCCCAACAUGCCCCGGCCCGUCAAGCUCUCUCUGUUCUUCCCUAUAGUGUACUGCCUAUGCAGUGUGUUCCUAGUGGUAGUACCUCUCUACAGUGAUACCAUCAACUCUCUGGUUGGUAUCGGGGUGGCUUUGUCUGGAGCUCCAGUGUACUACAUCUGUAUCCACCUGCCCCCCUCCUCCAGACCUGCCUUCCUGGGCAGGAUGCUUGAUGCGAUCUCCCUAAAUACCCAGAAGCUGUGUAUGUGCUGUGUGGCCUCACCUGACCUAGACCUGGACAACAUCCCUGACGAAAAGCUGGAGUAAGGGAUGAAAGGAGGUGUGGUGGGAUGGAGGUAGAUACUGAGCCAAAGGUGGAAACAGACGGACCACAAUCACAGCUACACCUUCUGCGCCAAUGAUGAACAUUGGCGCAGAAUUUUUUACCAGGUCUUUACUAUGAAUGAUUUGUGACUUGCUUGUCCUAUGGGACUGUACAGUGUGUGUUCAGUGCUGAGGAAAGGCACUUUCUAGUGCCAGUGGACUCUGACAACCACACGCAUGCAGCACAAUGUAGUUCACUCCUACUGGUUACACCCAUGGAGACGAUCAACAAUGAGAGUUUAACUAUUUAACAACGCAAGAAAUUCAAAUGGAGAUUUGAACAGGCCCUACUGACCAUUUAGAAGGAGUAGGUUUUCAUCAGCAGGCCCUACUGGCCAUUUAGGAGGAGUAGGUUUUCAUCAGCAGGCCCUACUGGCCAUUUAGGAGGAGUAGGUUUUCAUCAGCAGGCCCUACUGGCCAUUUAGGAGAGAGUAGGUUUUCAUCAGCAGGCCCUACUGGCCAUUUAGGAGGAGUAGGUUUUCAUCAGCAGGCCCUACUGGCCAUUUAGGAGGAGUAGGUUUUU